UAUGUCGUCCACCACCACCGCCUAUUCCAACGGCUCAGAGGCCUCUCUGCGUCGGAGGGACGUCAACAACGGCAACAUAGACCGCGUCGUGGUGACCGAUCAUGGAAAAGAAAUCGACAAACGCCUCGACCAACAUAUCAGCUACGAAUUCGGUGGACCAUGGGGCGUCGUAGCCAUUAUGACGGGCUUCCCCAUUCUUAUGUAUUAUCUAUGGAUUUGCUUGUGGUUCUACGACGGAAAACUUGUCCACCCGUCGUCUGUGGAAGAUAUUAAACCUUUUCUAUGGCGUAUGUGGGGCCACGUCGCGAAGGACGCGUCUCCCAAUCUCUACGCAUGGAAAGUCUACUCUGGCAACUUUUUCUUCCAGCUCUUUAUCGCGUUGGUCAUCCCAGGCUACCAGCAAGAAGGUCUGCCCGUCCCGUCUCUAGGGUACAAGACCCUCAUGUACAACUGCAACGCCAACCUUUGCUUCUACACGACGCUCAUCACUGCUGCUGUCCUGCACCACUACGACAUUUUCCGUCUUACUGCUAUCAUCGACAACUACGGGCACAUCAUGACUAUCUCAAUGAUCUAUGGCUUUGGAAUUUCCCUCAUCACGUAUCUCCAUGCCGUCCUCACAGGCACCGCCCUCCGCAUGUCUGGAAACUUCUUUUACGACUAUUUUAUGGGUGCUGCUCUCAACCCUCGCUUGGGUUCGGUUGAUCUGAAGAUGUGGGCAGAAGUUCGCAUUCCCUGGGUUAUCGUUUUCUUCUUGUCCAUCUCAGGGGCGUGCAAGCAGUACGAGACGUAUGGAUAUGUAACACCGAAUAUGGCUUUCAUGAUUCUCGCUACUGGACUGUAUAUCAAUGCUUGCGCAAAAGGCGAAGAGUGUAUCCCCCAGACAUGGGAUAUGUUCCAUGAGAGGUGGGGCUUCAUGGUCAUCUUCUGGAAUUUCUCUGGUGUUCCUUUGUCCUAUGUCUACUCGGUCGUCUACAUGGCCUCGCACGACCCCUCCGCCUACCGGUUUAGCACCGCAGGCUACGUCUUCAUCUACACGGUCCUUUGCACAGCUUACUACAGCUGGGACACCGCGAUGUCACAAAAGAGCCGCUUCAAAAUGCAAACUCAGGGCAGAACCGAAUUCCGCAAGACCUUCCCCCAACUACCAGGAUGCAUCGUGAAGAACCCGACCUACAUUCAGACGGCGCAUGGAAAUCGUCUACUAACGAGUGGCUGGUGGGCAUACUCGCGCAAGCCAAAUUAUGUCGCCGACUGGAUCAUGAGCCUGACCUGGGGCGCCAUCAUCGGUACCGCGACGAUCAUCCCGUAUUUCUACUCCGUGUUCUUUAUCGUCGUGCUCCUCCACCGCUGCACGAGAGACUUUGAGCGGUGCUCUAUGAAGUACGGCAAGGACUGGGAAAGGUACUGCCAAGUCGUCAAGUACAAGUACAUCCCCUAUGUGUACUA